AUGGGUUCGGGUUUGCAUAGAUGGGUUGUGCGAUGGGGUUCGGUGGUUUGCAGAGAUGGGGGUUCUGUGGUGAGCAUAGAUGGGUUCUGCGAUGGCAAAGGGAUGGGGUGUGCGGUGGAGGUUGUUGUAAAUCUGAUGGGAUGUGCGAUGGGGUGUGUCUGCAAGAUGAGAGAAUUUUCGAUGGGGUGGGGCUUGAUAUCAGAUGGGGUGGGGUUUGAUUUCAGAUGGGGUGUGUCUGAAAGGGAAGGGGGUUUUCGGUGGGUAGUGUAUGAUAUGGGAUGGGGUUUACACAGUGAGUUAGGGAAUGGGGUUCAUGAGGGCAAUUUAGGAAAAAAAAAAGGGAUAUAA